AGGAGUAACCGACAGCCUGCCAAUGAAUUUGCUGAGAGAGGCCGUCGAAUCAGCGCACGAUGGGACUCAAGAUGGGUUAUAUAAACUUCUCGAUUAAUAAAGUUUAUAAUAGCGCGACUCUCAUAGAAAACGCUUAAUCAUGGCUAGAACAAAGCAGACAGCGCGUAAAUCCACUGGGGGUAAAGCCCCAAGGAAACAGCUUGCUACAAAGGCUGCUCGUAAGAGCGCCCCAGCCACCGGCGGAGUGAAGAAGCCCCAUCGCUACAGGCCCGGAACCGUGGCCCUGAGAGAGAUCCGUCGUUAUCAGAAGUCUACUGAGCUUCUGAUCCGCAAGCUGCCGUUCCAGCGCCUGGUCAGAGAAAUCGCUCAGGAUUUCAAGACUGAUCUUCGUUUCCAGAGUUCUGCUGUGAUGGCACUUCAGGAGGCUAGUGAGGCCUACCUGGUCGGUCUGUUUGAGGACACCAACUUGUGCGCCAUCCACGCUAAGAGGGUGACCAUUAUGCCCAAGGAUAUCCAGCUGGCCCGUCGCAUUCGCGGGGAGCGUGCUUAAACAUUACACAACCGUCCUAUGACAUAAAUGAACCAAAGG